UAUACCAAAUAGCAAAUGUGAUCUCUUUAUGAAAUUUCAUGGAUGGAAAAUGGAGAUGCCAUUGGUCUUGGAUCUUCACCUUAUGGUGUGUCCUUGCAUAUACCAUUUCACAAUUUUCAAGAAAGUCCAUUCUGGCCACAGAGAACAACUCUAUGCAUCACAAACAAGGAAGAAGGAAACUGGAUGAUGUCAGUGGUUCUAUUUCCAUUGACUGUGGGAUAGCAGAAGAAGUGGCCUACACUGAUGAGAAAACUCAGAUUCAUUACACUUCAGAUGCACAGUUUAUUGGCACUGGAACAAGAAAAAAUAUAUCCCUCAAGCUCACUUCUGAAAUACCCCAAGGAGUUUUCACUACUGUGAGAAUCUUCCCUGAGGAUAAAAGAAACUGUUACACACUACGACAUCCAGAAGGCGGAAAUACUAUUUACUUGGUAAGAGCUUCUUUUAUGUAUGGAAACACAAUAUUAGUUUCAUAA